GAUUGUCCUCAACUUUUUUUGUCAAUGCUUGCUGAACAGUUAUUGCAUUUUCGAAAUUUGCUAAAUUCGAUUUCUGUCAAAGUAUUUUUAAACGAGAAGGAGACCUCAACAGGCGUCUAAUUUGCAAGAGGUCAAAUUUGAAUUUGUGUUCAAAUUUAUAAUUUAAGUUCGCGCGCGUGAGUUCAAGUAUCCAAUUUAAAAACGGGACUACAUAAUAAUAGAUACCUAACGAGCACGACACUUUUUAAUUUGUAACUUGUAAGAGUAAUUUCGCCAGUAUACAGAAGCAAAACUGUAUAUUAAAUCUAAAUUACAUUGCUAACAUGCGUGUGCCCGUUUACUUUGUAUGCGCGGCUCUGAUACUCUACGUUAAAAGUGAAGAUAGGACGAAUUACGACAGAAGAAUUGAACCUCUCGACUUGACCGCCGACCAAGAAACAGUUUCGUAUUUAUUACCAAAAUUAACUGCAAAAUAUCGUCCAAACACCGAGUGGAAUGGCGUUAAGGAUCCUCGAUUUUAUGUACUUACUGAAGCAGAAUCGAACGACAUUGAUUUUCAGGAACCCUUAAUCGGAGAAGGCAGAAUUAAAAGACAAGGGUUAAACGGUGGACCAUCACUAUCCAUCGUAAACUCCCUAGACGUCCUUCGAAACAGGCUGCUCUUGGAAAUCGCAAGGAAGAAGCAACUAGAAGGAAUGAACAGAAAUAGAAACCUACUGUCGUCGGUCGGGAAAAGGGCAAUACUCGGCCACCGAGGUCUCGUGCCAACGUUCGACAAUUUCUAAUCGAAACAUUAAACGACGGUAGAAGAAAAUGGCGUAGCUUUCAUUGAAAAGCCCUAAAUAAAAACUAUGCUGUUUUCGAUUAACUUAAAAAUGCAGGUUAUAAUUUCCCACAUGAUCUCUUAAAAAAUCAAAAUCAUUCUAAUAUAAUACGUAGAUUUUUAGUAGGUGAAUCGUUUGUGUGCCGCAAUUGUAUAGUUAUUUAAUUUAAAAGAUAGCAAGCACCAACAAAUAUUGCACACUGUAAGGACGCCCGCACACAAAUUGAGUUUGAAAGAUUUUCGGGCAUUUGCCGGAAGUUUUUCGUCUUAAAUUCCUAGUCAGCAGUGAGAUAUUUUUAUUAAGAAAGCUAACUUUAUUUAUUUUGAUAGCAGUAUUAUUUAGCUUAAUGGCCUAUACAGUAUUAAGAAAAAUGCUAAAUGUGGUACCUUACUCGUUCUACCUAAAGAUGUGUAUUUUUAAAAGUACUUACGCUCAGGCGAGAUAAUUAUGGUUGUGGUUUGUAAAAAUCAAAAUGUAAAGUAUUUGCACCUAGAGUUGACAACGACACCCCCUCCAAUUUUAUUUUCCGUACAAGUUGUCUGGAAUAUUAAUAUGUAUAUUGUUUUUAGUAUUGGAUUAAAUUUGUCCUUUUAAGUUUAAUUAGUUGUGAUGAUGUUAGCAUAAUUCUAUAUGUAAGAAUGUAUAACAUGUACAAAAUAAAUUAAAGUAUAACUACAA